UUGAACAUUGUACAGAAACGAUACAGCCAUAUCCCCAAAUUAAAUAUCGAAAAUGGCUUUGUUGUACUGCCUACUGGCUGUUCCUAUUGUAUUAAUGAUUCUGAUAUUCCUUAGUGAUUGUGAUCUCAAGUUAAAGCUGUACGAAUGGUUUGGAACUUCACCAAAAAGYCGUUUUUACGGCCGAGUGGUUUGGAUAACAGGGGCUUCCAGUGGCAUUGGAGAAUAUCUUGCUUAUGAGCUCGCGAAAUGUGGCAGUAAACUUGUUUUAUCGUCAAGAAGAAAAGAGGAACUGGAGAGAGUUAAAAGGAAUUGUGGAGACAUAGUGCAGCCUUUGUACCCGUCAUACAAUAUUGAUCAAGAUAUAUUGGUCUUACCAAUGGACGUUACUGAAUUUGACAAACAUGUGCAAUACACAGAUACCGUCUUGAAUCACUUUCAUAAGAUUGACAUACUUGUGAAUAACAGUGGCCGUAGCCAACGUGGAAUGGUUAUUGAUACACCAGGGCUUGAUGUUGAGAAUGCUAUGUUUAAGUUAAAUACAAUGGCAGUUAUAUCAUUGACAAAAUCAGUUCUACCUCAUAUGGUGAAGAGAAAAUCAGGACACAUUGUCGUCACAAGUAGUGUGGCUGGCAAGUUAGGUGCACCAAUGUCUGCAGUUUACAAUGCAACCAAGUUUGCACUUCAGGGAUAUUUUGAUGGAUUGAGAAUAGAAGUGUAUGACUCCAACAUAGAUGUAACCAUGAUCUGUCCAGGACCCAUUCUUACCAACAUAAGAGACAAUGCAUUCACAGAAGAUGUGAAUGUGACUGUUAAGGAGAAAGAGAAAGCAGCAAAGUCCUCCAAGGAUAACCGUAUGGACCCUGCAAGAUGCGCAUACCUGAUCACAGUUGGCAUGGCAAACAAACUGGAUGAGUUAUGGAUUUCAAUCAACCCUAUACUGUUUUUUCUCUAUGCCAACCAGUAUCUUCCAAACUUAUUCAACUGGUUAUCUAAAAGACUUGGGGUUAAACAUAUAAUGAAAAUGAGAGAGAUGGCAGAUAAAGAUAAAUAGAUGUUUGUUAUAGUUUCUGUGUAACCAGUAGUGACAACUGUAUUGUUUUGUUCAUACUUGUAUAUCAACUUGGAUUUGACUUAAUAUGAAAGAUGAUUUUUUUUAUAAUGCCAGCUAUGGUGUAAACAAAUGAAAAUAUACGUUUAUUAAAUGAAUAAAUGAGAAAUGCAAUUGAA